AUGCUUUUUUUGCUAAAAAAACUUGCAGUCGUGGCUGAACGGUGCGGUGAAAAUGAGGAGUAUCAGCAAUGUGGAACCGCAUGUCCUGAAACAUGUUUGAGCAAUGACACGAAAACAUGUACAGUAGAAUGUGUACCGGGAUGCUUCUGCAAAAGCGGGUAUGUCCUGAAUCGCGCAAAUGGUACAUGCGUGAAGCGCGAAACUUGCGGAACCUCAGAAUACGUACAGUGCCCAGAAAAUGAAAUUUUCACGUACUGUGGUGGCUGUGAGGGAACGUGUCAACAGCAAUUUGUUCAGUGUCCUGAUAUUUGCGGCUCACCACGUUGUGAAUGCCCAGCCGAGAAAAAUUUUGUGCGUGAUGAUUUUGGAUGUGUGACGCCUCGUGAUUGCUUUGGUCUGUCAUCGGUGCUUGUCUGGGCCGGCGUUGCCCGGGUGAAAAGAGCAAUGUAUUGUGUUCGUACCCCGAGAAAUCUCACGCCCUGGCAUUUGCAUGCUUUCCUGUUACGCCACAGUUCGUCACACACCCCGGCACCGGGUCGAAUCUACUCGCAGAAGCAACUGUUCGAGGAGAAACGAGCCGCUAUGCAGGCGAAUCAUCCCGAGAAAUAUGCGUUGGCUUCGCAAUUCAUGGCAAAUCGAGCCGAUCGUCCAAUAAAUUUUAAGUCCGACGAUCCGAAG